ACUUCCUCAACUUAUUGCUCGCUUUCAAAAUGCGACUAUUGGUUGGCGAACUAGUUCUUGCUGCUGCCUUCGUGGCUGUAGCAGCAGGACAGGAGAGCCGAAUAGACGAUUUGGAUUUCUCCAUGUAUAAAACUGACCUCCUACCACACCCAUUCCACCCAAGUGCCAAGCAGUCUCCUGCGCCAUGGUACCUAGAGAACUUGGGAAACGGUGAUAAAGACUGUCCUCCUUGCUUCAACUGCAUGCUUCCAGCAUUCGAGUGCAAGCAUUUCGCUAACUGUUCUGAGUACGACGGAAAGUGCAAGUGUCCCCCUGGAUUUGGAGGAGACGACUGCAAAGAACCUCUGUGUGGUGCUUUAUCCGAUGGAAGGGAGCGUGACCCUAGAAGAGGUGAUCACUGUGAAUGUCCUGAAGGUUGGGAAGGAAUCAAUUGUAAUGUGUGUACCACCGAUAACGUCUGCGAUUCUCUCGUACCUACCGGUCGUAACGGAACGUGCUAUAGAGGCGGUUUGACCGUGUUUGAGAACCAUCAAAUGUGCAAUGUAACCAACAGAAAGAUAUUAGAAACACUGAAAGGCCAGCUACCUCAGGUUACGUUUUCCUGCAACAAAAAUCAUAAUGAUUGCGAUUUCCAGUUUUGGGUAGAUGAAGUAGAAUCUUUCUAUUGUCACUUGGACGAAUGUGUCUUUGACCAAGAGUACGAUUACGACCGCAAUAUGACUAAUUACGAGUGCAAGAAAAUAGACUGUCGAUGCAUGCCGGAUGAAAUGUUGUGCGGCAAAGAUGGAAGUAUUGAUCUGACCGAUUUGCUGAAGGAUGAAAUCCAAGGUCCUGCUACCUUCAAAUGCACUAAUGGCGACUGUGCAUUCUCAGAACCUGCCAUGGAUGACCUUAUAUCUGCUGUGUUCGGUGAUGACUCCAUCUUUUUGUCAUGUUCUUCUGGAGAAUGUCUUCAUUAUACCUUCGUGCCUGGAUUCGAAAGACCUGAACGACCUACCAAUUGGAUUGCAUUCAUUAUUGGACUCAGUGGUGUUGCUGUUUUCCUCCUGUUGACCGGGCUAGGCGUCUGGUACUUUGCCAAGAAAAAUAGCUCAAGCGGGUACAUCAAGUUGGAUGACGAUGAAGCCGGAAAGCUCAUGCAUGAACAUAUCCCGGCUACUCUCAUUUUCGAAAACAUCACCUAUGGCGUAAAUAAGCAAAAGAUUCUAAAUGGUGUCACUGGUAUUGUUAACCCUGGUCAGGUCAUGGCCAUCAUGGGAGCUUCAGGAGCUGGUAAGACCAGUCUUCUGGAUAUUCUGGCCAAAAGAACCAAGAGCGGAACGGUUGGAGGACAAAUUUAUGUGAAUGGACAUGUCAUUCCCAAUUCGCAGUACAAGAAAGUCAUUGGCUAUGUCGAUCAAGAAGAUACAAUGAUCCCGACUUUGACGGUCUACGAGACAGUGUUGUACUCGGCUCUUUUGCGACUGCCAAGAACAAUGAGCACUGCCGCCAAGAAGUUCCGUGUCAUGGAAACUCUCCAAGAACUUGGUAUAGAUGGUAUCAAGGACUCAAAAAUAGGAUCUUCUGGAUCGAGAUCCAUUAGCGGUGGUGAGCGACGUCGUGUGGCCAUCGCCUGCGAACUUGUCACCUCUCCUUCCAUUCUCUUCUUGGAUGAACCUACCAGUGGUUUGGACGCAUACAAUGCCUACAAUGUUGUAGAGUCAUUGGUCACACUUGCCAGAGAUUACAAUCGAACGGUUAUUUUCACCAUUCAUCAGCCUCGUUCAAAUAUUGUCGCCUUGUUCGACCACUUGCUCUUGCUUGCCAAGGGUCAUGUUGUUUUCUCUGGUCCCCAGAUACGUGUUCAAUCUUACUUCAAGAGCGUUGGCCAUGAUUGUCCUCCUGGUUUCAAUAUCGCCGAUUACUUGGUUGAUCUUACCAUGCAUGCCACCAAUGCUACCAAGUUCACCGGUGAUCAAGCUACCGGUAUUUCCACCUCUGUUCAAGCUGCCAAUCGACCUACGCCAAGACGACAAUCAUCGCUGCGUGAAGAGCAAGAAGCUGCGCUUUAUACUCCGCAAGCAGGUCUUGUCCAAAGUACAUCGGUUGGCGAUACCAUGGAAAAUCCCAAUGCAGAGUGGGCGUCGGAAUUAGGAUCACGACAAACAAGACUGAGAAACGAAAGGUUGCUCAACAACUUGAAUGCUGCUGCCAAUGCGGAUGUUAUUGUCGAGGCUGGAGAAGGAAGCAGUCCUGCAUCGAGCAUUGCUGGUACCGACAAGAAUGUCGUCAGCCCACAUUUGACGCAAUUGAUUGAAGCUUAUGAAAAGAGCGUGGUUGCCGUAGCUGUACAGGAUGAUAUUGAAAGAGCUUUGUCGAGAGCAACUCAAGAUGAAGAUCCAGCCGUGCCGCUCGCACCGAAUAAUAUCAAGGUGGUCUCAUCCCAUGAGCGACCUCACUGGUUUACGCAAUUCCGUAUUCUGGCUGACCGAACGUUUAAGAACCUGUAUCGCAACCCCAUGCUUAUGUUCGCUCACUACACAAUUGCCGUUGUCAUAGCUUUGCUAUGCGGUGGUCUGUUUUAUAAGGUCGAAAAUACCAUUGCCGGCUUCCAAAACAGAAUGGGCUUGUUUUUCUUCUUUGAAGCUUUGCUUGGCUUCAUGUGCUUAACCUCGCUUCAAGUGUUUUCUUCUGAGCGUAUCUUGUUUGUUCGAGAGCGCGCUAAUGGUUACUAUUCCCCUGUCACCUAUUUCCUCUCUAAGGUUCUGUUUGAUAUCAUUCCUCUGCGAGUGGUCCCACCGUUGAUGAUCGGACUCAUCUCAUACCACAUGAUCGGAUUAGUGGAUGGAACAACCGAAUUGUUAAAGUUCUUGCUGGUUUUGAUUCUCUUCAAUUUGACGGCUGCAGCUGUGUGCUUGGCUAUUGGUGUCGUAUUCAAGGAUCUCUCCAUGGCCAAUCUCCUCAGCAGUAUGGUGAUGCUCUUCUCCAUGUUGUUUGCUGGUCUUUUGUUGAACAAAGAUUCCAUGUCACCGUAUUUUGCUUGGCUCAAGUAUCUAUCAUUCUUCCAGUAUGCCCUAGAGGCACUCUUGGUGAACGAACUCAUCUACCUACAACUUGUUGAAGAACGCUUUGGUUUAAGUAUUGAUGUUCCUGGUGCUACCAUCCUUUCUACAUUCGGGUUCAAUGCCAAAAAUUACUGGUCGGAUGUCAUCAAGUUGAGCAUCAUGUUUGGUAGCUUCAUUGUAUUUGCAUUUGUUUGGCUUCAACUCUUUGUCAAAGAGCGCCGAUAAUCCAACCUGGGCAUUCUGAACUUUUGCGAGCUUAUCCCGCUUCUUAUUUCCACACGUAGAUUUUGCUUUUUUUUUUUUUUAAGAUGAGUAGGUUGCGUGUUACAUUAGUGCAACGAGUGGUAUGGGCCUAUUUUCUUCAUGGCACAUGUUACCUCUUAUUGGUUCUAUGCAUACAGCCUAAGCAUACUACCUUUAAUAAAUGUCGAAAGGAUUUCGACAGGAAACAGAAUGCUUUAGCAA